AUGCGUGACGAGGAAGGCCACAAACAGGAUGACGAGGAGUAUAGUCAGCCAAGGAUCUGCGAGGGGGAUUGGCUACUGAGCAUCGGAGAUAUCGAUGUGAAUGCAGACAGGGCGAACAAGAGUGAGCUCGUCAACAGACUUGUUAUGCAUGGGGAGCAGGGCGAACGAGUCAGACUCGUCAUGCAGCGAACUGACAAGACGAUCUACUCUGUCACCUUGAGGCGCCAUUAUGCCGCUCCUGGGGAGCCGCGCAUUGACAUCCUGCGGUGCUAA